AAGUCUCUUUUACAAUAGGAGUUUAAAUAACACUUUUUAUCAAGUAAAUGGGAAGUAUUUGCCUUUUGUGAUAAGUAGGCGUGGUAUAAUUGAAAUAUUGUUUGUUGAGAUGUUAGUAGCGACAUGAUGGGGAAGAGCAAAAGAAAAGAGUAUCCCGAAAUACCAUUUGCUUAGUACUUCCACCUCUAUCUCCUCCUACUCCCUUCUUUUCUACAUCCAUUCUCCCCCGUUUCAUUGAUCAUUACAAAAGAUGGUCGGCAAUUCUAUAGCAAACAUUCCAAUUUGCCCUACUACGAUGCUAGCUGCACAAUGGGUCUCCCCCAAAUCCCGUUUAAUUGCCCUAAAUACAUUCCCUUCAACACCCCCAAAACGGCGUUCACUUACUGUAAAAGCCGCAUCUCACGAUACAGAAAACAGCCAACAACCCUCAUCGUCAUCGUCUUUAGAAAGCAAUAAGAAGAAUCCACUUGCAGUUGUCCUAGACGUUCCUCGGAAUAUCUGGAAACAAACGUUGCGCCCUCUCAGCGAUUUUGGGUUCGGUAGGCGAAGCAUUUGGGAAGGCGGAGUUGGGUUGUUCUUGGUGUCCGGCACUGUGUUACUUGCACUUAGUUUAAUUUGGUUAAGAGCUUUCCAGUUGAAGUCCAGGUUCAAAAAGUAUCUCGCUGUAUUCGAAUUUUCUCAGGCUUGUGGGAUUUCAACUGGUACUCAAGUUCGGAUCAGAGGGGUUACUGUUGGUAACGUUAUCCGUGUUAAUCCUUCUUUGAAAAGUAUCGAAGCCGUCGUAGAGGUUGAGGAUGAUAAAACAAUUAUACCUAGAAAUUCGUUGAUUGAGGUGAAUCAGUCGGGGCUUUUGAUGGAAACCAUGAUUGAUAUUACUCCUCGAGAUCCAAUUCCGACACCUUCUUUUGGGCCUCUGGACCCAGAUUGUGCUAAAGAAGGCUUGAUAUUGUGUGACAGACAAAAGUUAAAAGGAGACCAAGGUGUAAGCUUGGAUGCAUUAGUUGGGAUUUUUACACGUCUUGGAAGGGAAGUAGAACAAAUCGGUGUUGCUAACACUUAUGCAUUGGCGGAAAGAGCUGCUGCUGUUAUCGAAGAAGCAAGACCAUUGCUUUUGAAGAUCCAGGCCAUGGCGGAGGAUGUUCAACCUAUGCUGGCGGAGGUUCGUGAAAGUGGUUUGCUGCAGGAAGUCGAAACUUUAACCAAAAGUCUCACUCAAGCAUCACAGGAUUUGAGAAGGGUGCAUUCGUCAAUUAUGACUCCAGAGAACACGGAGUUGAUUCAGAAGUCCAUAUAUACCCUUGUAUUUACUUUGAAGAACAUUGAGAGUAUAAGCUCCGACAUUUUGGGAUUCACGGGAGAUGAAGCUACCAGGAAAAACUUGAAGUUGGUCAUCAAAUCACUCAGCCGACUAUUGUGACAAAUGAAAACUUAAAUAUAAAACCCACAAUUUCCAUUUCAAAUUGUUAAAGUUUAUAGAUUGUGAUGUGAUUCGGUUUUUUUAGUAUGUGUUAUAGGAUAUGCAUUUUGUUAGUAGAGUUGAGAUUUUCAGUGUGAUCCAGAGAGACAUCCUGUAGGAUUGAACGUUUAAAAUGUUGGUACUUUGUAUUAACUGAUUUUUCGUAUUAUAUGACAAAUCAUAUUUAUAUCCAUACAUACAUACAAUAACUUGUUGUAUACUUGAUUUACAUCUUAAUCUUUACAGACAUAGUAAAAUAGUAAGAGAAGAAAACUUGAUUCUUGCAGCUGAAAAUGGCUACAUUGAUAAAUGAUAACACAAUAUUGUGAUCUUUAUGGGCUAUAAUGGCAAAAAUAUAAAGUGUUACAUGAAACUUGGCAAAAAACUAAAAAUUAUGCCUUGCCAAUAAACUCGACGUCAAACAAGAGAACUGAAUCCGGUGGAAUGAUGCAAGAACCUGCAAAUGCACCAUUUAGAACAUGCUAAGUUUCACUGCUUUGUUAGAGUAUAUGGAAGAAAUAACAAUGUGCUUUCAUUUAUUUCUUUUCAUUUCUUCUAUUGCUAUCAGUAGAUUUUAAAGAGUAUAUUCAGCUAUAGUAAAUAUCAUUUGAAUACAAAACAAUUAGAUUUCUCCAAUAGCUAACAAGAAAA